CGAAUUGAAUGGAUGAAUGAAGCAUCUGAGCCAAAGAAGUUAACAAGAAAAGUAUAAAAGCGUAACUUCUGCCGACUAUAAAUGAUUUGCUGGCGCCUAUCAGGUCAUAAGAAGCUGCGUGACCCAAAAGCGGAGGACCUGGAGAAUUGAUGAGACGGGAAGACAAAAAAAAAAGGAAGAAAAAAAAAAGGAUCAAGUUAACGUUAUGAAGUAGAACUCACAUUUUGACAUGUCCUCGGGACAUCGGCUGAGAGAUGUGGAGCAGCAUCACCCCCUGCUGGCCGGGAAUGACACUGCGGCAGGGGGCCCCGGGGAGGAGGCAGAGCGUGUGUGGUUCAUCCAGGACGGCUGUGGUAUGGUGUGUGCCUUCAUUACCUGGUUCCUGGUGUUCUAUGCUGACUUCGUGGUCACCUUCGUCAUGCUACUGCCCUCGAAGAGUUUCUGGUAUGCUGUGGUCAAUGGGGUUCUCUUCAACUGCCUGGCUGUGCUUGCCCUGGCCUCCCAUCUGCGUACCAUGCUGACUGACCCGGGAGCUGUACCUAAAGGCAACGCCACUAAGAAGUACAUGGAGAGUCUGCAUCUGAAGCCAGGGGAAGUCAUCUAUAAGUGUCCCAAAUGCUGUAGCAUCAAGCCUGAGAGGGCCCACCACUGCAGCAUCUGCAAGCGUUGCAUCCGUAAGAUGGACCACCACUGUCCCUGGGUCAACAACUGCGUCGGAGAAAACAACCAGCGCUUCUUUGUCCUCUUCACCAUGUACAUCUCCAUUAUCUCCAGCCAUGCCCUGUUGCUCUGUGGCUACCAGUUUGUGACCUGUAUCAGGGUACAGUGGAGUGAAUGCAGUGACUUCUCCCCUCCUGUGACAGUGAUGCUGAUGAUCUUCCUCUGCCUGGAGGGCCUCCUCUUUCUCACCUUCACAGCCGUCAUGUUCGGCACACAGGUCCACUCCAUCUGCAAUGAUGAGACGGAAAUUGAGCGUCUGAAGAAUGAGAAGCCUACCUGGGAGCGUCAGACGCGUUGGGAAGGGAUGAGAAAUGUGUUUGGAGGCCAGCCAUCCCUGCUGUGGAUCAACCCCUUUGCAGGGCUCAGACUGAGACCCCUCUUCCCCAAACGCCUCCGCAAGGGUGGGACAGAGUUUUCCGUCUAACGUCUGACCACCUGUCAAUCAAACCUCAGCCACAUCCCAACCAGACUUUUUCCCGGAUCCCUGACAAACCACACCAAACUGACAGGAAGGACUGGAAGGUUACCACCCGCAGUGGACGUUUGUUUUGAACUGGAGCCAUGCAGGCCAUCACUGGUAUAGAGCAGAGCACAACUGUGCUGUGAAAGGACCUAGUCCUGCAGUUAAAAUCAUCAAUAACUAUGACUUCUUUUUUUCCCCUCCCAUUUCAGGGGAACUAUGCUGCUAUGUUGGGGCAGGAGGAGGAUCUAGCGGUCAGAAAAAGCCUCAAACAUGCUUGAAGUAUCCUUAAGCAAGACGCCAAAUCCCUUUCAGCUUCAAGGCUGCAUCUAUCUAUCUGAACUUGACCUCUGACCUCCCCCCUGUGGGAGGAGAAAGAGAAAAACAAGUACCCUGCUAGGAUGCUCAUGAGAAUAUCACCCAAGUACUGUCAGUUCAUGUCUGGCCGAGUAGGUCGCUGCAGUCCAGGGAUGCUGUUUUCGCGGUGUUGAGUCCAAUUUAACUGUGACUGGCCACAGUUAAAUUGAGUGAAGGUGCCACUAGAGAUCUACUCAGUCCCAUACCUCCAGUGAGUUCGGUGUUCACAUCUAUUACUGAAAAAGUGAUGAGUUGCUUUUGUCUCCCAGAUUGUGUCGCUUGUAGGCGUAUCUGUACUUGAAUCAGAAUUUACAUAGCCAGGUCCGAUUGAGCGGCUAUUUUCUGACAUUGCUUAGCUUUGAUGCUAAAAACAUAGCUGUCCAACUAGCCAAUAUGUUUUCAUGCACUUCAGUGUGAUUUCUUUUUUCAGCUACUUAGAUAACAUAGGGCGAUUGUAUUAGAAUCGAGAACCCAGAGACUGCAGUGAUAAACUUUUCCUCCAGUGGGGACAAAGGUCGAGUAGGAGCCAAUUUUGUGCGCAUCCAUUUCUUGUAGGACUCACGGACAAGCGCUCUAAUGAUUGGUUCGCUUGAUUUCUCGUGCCUACAAGGCAUAGCACAUUUGAAUAAAGUUGAACAUUUUUAAACUUUCCUUUGCCACCCCGUUGCUGUUACUGAUGCCUGUUUGUCGUCAGCUGCUGUUGAAAAUAACUGACUUCCUGUCGCUUAGAGUUUUUGUAGUAAUCGAUGUGAAUGCCCAGUCACAGCCAGUUGCCAUGUUGCAGUUGUGGCUCAUUAAUACUGACUACAGUGGUGCUUGAAAGUUUGUGAACCCUUUAGAAUUUUCUACAUUUCUGCAUAAAUAUGACCUAAAACAUCAUCAGAUUUUCACACAAGUCCUAGAAGUAGAUAAAGAGA